GUACCGCCCAGCUCAGCAUCAACUGCACCCUCACAACCUGCAAGAAAUGUAGCUCCCACUACAGCUACGGAACUCUACUGAAUAUGGGGAUCCCAUGUCCUUUACGUCUCUUCACUUUGUCAGUAGUGCAGCCUCUUAAAGACAGUGGUAGUUUUCCUAAACUGUCAAUUGUUUUGCAAGUCUUUUAAUCUGGCAACUUAAUUUUCUUUCUGUACGUGUGCUUUCUCAAGGCAGUUUGUAUGUUUGUGCAAAAGGUCCAACCAACACUUCGAGUAUUUAUUAUUCCGUUGUGUUUUGCAGGUGCGUACGAGACUUCUGCUUAUCUGAUUAGCAUCUGUCCGAAGUACACGAGACUUCUGCUGACAGUCUGUCUGAGAUGAUUUUCUAAAAACUUGAUACAGAAAGAAUAAAGCUGCUGUGUAGAAGUAUAUUAAAAUAUUCUUGUGUUUCAAAGGACAGUACAGCUUGAGUAAAGGUGGCGUACAAUUUCCAUGUAAGCUACAUCUGGGACUGGAAAAUUAUUGGAAUUUUACCAUUAUGCUCUUUUGGAAAAAAAUAAGUGUUGCAAAAGCACAUGGUUUGUUAACAUCAUUUUCUUAAUGUGUCCAGCUGUUUAGUGCACCCAUCUGUAGUCCCAUAUUUCACAUCUUACUUUCUCUGACGACUGCAGAGGAUGCAGCUUAGUUUUCUAAUGGAACUUUAGUAACGGAGAAACCUUUGAAUUAUUGGAGCGGCUUGACAAAGCGUUUAUUCUACUUAGGUGACUGGAUACACGCAGAUGAAUAUUCUUUUGGAUAGGACAAUUAAUAUUUUGUUGCUCAUACUCCAGCUGAUUUGAUAUUAGCAAAGGAUCCUAAUCCAUAGUGUAAAAUUGCUGUCAUCACACUGGAAUUGCAAGAAUAGGCUGCGCUGUGUUGAUGUGACAGUCUUGCCAAAGCUGUUCCAUUUUGCGCAAAGAAGAGGAUUUCUGCAAUACAUUUUUUGCAACGUUGUGUUUCUUUAUUUGCGAGAGUAAAACAGAAAAUGGCUCUUAGUGGAAAUUGUAGGAGCUAUCCAACCAUAAAAGAGCAAGGGGCUAUUCCGCACUCCUUUCCUGAGGUUGUAGAACUUAAUGUCGGAGGUCAAGUGUAUUACACUCGUCAUUCCACCUUAACAAGUAUCCCUACCUCCCUCCUUUGGAAAAUGUUCUCCCCGAAGAGAGAUUUGUCUAAUGACCUUGCAAAAGAUGCCAAAGGGCGCUUCUUCAUUGACAGGGAUGGGUUUUUAUUUCGGUAUAUCUUGGACUUUCUCAGAGACAAACAAGUUGUCCUACCUGAUCACUUUCCAGAAAAAGGGAGACUUAGGAGAGAGGCUGAAUAUUUUCAGCUCCCAGAGUUGGUGAAAAUUCUAGGUCCUGAUGACAUUGUUAAACAAAGUCCCGAUGACCCCUGCCACAGUGACUACGAGGAUGUAUCCCAAGGGAGUGACAUGAGAAUUUGCCCGUCAUCCGCUGCACCUUCAGAUAGAAAAUGGGGUUUUAUCACUUUAGGUUAUAGGGGAUCCUGCACACUGAACAGAGAAAAUCAAGCGGACGCCAAGUUUAGGAGGGUUCCCAGAAUCUUGGUGUGUGGAAGGAUUGCAUUAGCAAAAGAGGUCUUUGGGGAGACCUUAAAUGAAAGCAGAGACCCAGACAGAGCCCCGGAGAGGUACACUUCUAGGUUUUAUCUAAAGUUCAAACACCUGGAGAGAGCCUUUGAUAUGUUGUCCGAGUGUGGCUUCCAUAUGGUGGCUUGUAACUCAUCUUUGACUGCCUCAUUUGUUAGUCAGUACACUGAUGAUAAAACGUGGUCCAGCUAUACCGAAUACGUCUUCUACCGUAAGUAGAACCAGAGUGAGCUGUUUAAAAUUUACUUCAGAGUUUGUUAUAAUUUCAGAUCCUGACUGGUGCCCCUUGCAAAGAAAUAUGUUCUUACAGGUCAGAUACCUGAUUAUUUGCUAUAUCUAAGACCUUUUAGCAGCAGUUGCAGAGGUUAUUAAACAUACCAGGAUUAUUCUGCUCCAGUAUGAAGUACUGGUGCUAACAUGUGUCCUUAUCUGUCCCCUGCCCCCCCU